UCCACGUUCAAACCCACGACCGCUGCCCUUGAUCCCGAUCAGCGCCUCGGAUUCGUUACUAGUCCUAGUACACUAAUUUGAUUAAUUAACUAAUAUAGUCGGCCGCCACCCGCCCUCCUCUCUCUCGUCGCCAUUAACGACCGCUUCCACUCCCCCCCGCUCCCUUCCCGCCCGCCACCGCGUGGAUUCGCGGCUACAAAUCCCGCCCCGCCGCCGGGGCAUCCGCCACCGCCCACCGCCGUGUGCUGCUCGCGCUGUCGACGGACCGAGGGAAGGGGGAACGAUGGUGCGGCUCCCGUACGUGACCGCGCUCACCACGCUCUUCAGCUACGGCCUCCUCUUCGCCUUCGGCCAGCUCCGCGACUUCUUCCGCAGGAUCCUCGACGCCCGCAAGCCCAGCAACCUCAAGGGUUACGCGCCGAUUUGCUUGGGCCUCGAGGAUUUCUACACGCGCCGUCUCUAUCUCCGCAUCCAGGACUGCUUUGGCCGGCCAAUUGCCAGUGCGCCAGAUGCUUGGUUUGAUGUGGUUGAGCGUUACUCAAAUGACUGCAACAAGACACUCCAUCGUACCGCAAAAACAUCCAAAUGCCUUAAUUUGGGUUCCUACAAUUACCUUGGUUUUGCUGCGGCUGAUGAGUACUGCACCCCUCGUGUUAUUGAGUCACUGAAGAAGUACUCUGCAAGCACGUGCAGUGUUCGAGUUGAUGGAGGUAACACUAAGUUGCACACUGAGCUUGAAGAACUGGUUGCGAGAUUUGUUGGCAAGCCUGCAGCAAUUCUUUUUGGCAUGGGCUAUGUGACAAACUCUGCUAUCAUUCCUGCUCUAAUUGGGAAGGGAGGCCUGAUAAUAAGUGAUUCAUUGAACCAUAAUUCUAUAGUCAAUGGAGCUAGGGGUUCAGGGGCCACCGUUCGUGUUUUUCAACAUAACAAUCCUGCUCAUUUGGAAGAGGUAUUGAGAGAGCAGAUUGCGGGAGGGCAGCCUCGUACACACAGACCAUGGAAGAAGAUCAUUGUGAUUGUUGAGGGAAUUUAUAGCAUGGAGGGGGAGCUAUGCAAACUCCCAGAGGUUAUUUCCGUAUGCAAGAAAUACAAGGCUUACACAUAUUUAGACGAGGCACACAGUAUUGGAGCAGUUGGGAAAACAGGGAGAGGUGUAUGCGAGCUACUGGGAGUGGAUCCAGCUGAUGUUGACAUUAUGAUGGGUACAUUUACGAAAUCAUUUGGAUCAUGUGGAGGUUACAUCGCAGCAUCAAAGGAGAUUAUUCAUCAUCUAAAGCAUACAUGCCCAGCUCACAUUUAUGCAACAUCAAUGUCACCUCCAGCGGUCCAGCAAGUCAUUUCAGCUAUAAAGGUUAUCUUGGGAGAAGAUGGAACUAACAGAGGGGCCAAGAAACUUGCUCAGAUUCGAGAGAACAGCAAUUUCUUCCGGUCAGAGCUUCAGAAAAUGGGAUUUGAGGUUCUUGGGGAUAAUGACUCACCCGUCAUGCCUAUCAUGCUUUACAAUCCUGCUAAAAUUCCUGCAUUUUCAAGGGAGUGCCUGAGGCAAAAUGUUGCUGUUGUUACUGUUGCAUUUCCUGCCACACCACUUCUACUUGCUAGAGCUAGGAUAUGUAUCUCAGCUUCCCACUCCAGGGAAGAUCUCAUUAAAGGAUUAGAGGUGAUCAGCAAAGUUGGUGAUCUCGUGGGUAUCAAAUACUUCCCGGUUGAGCAAGAAAAGACUGCAGUUGCUGAGAAACUGAAGAAGAUCCAAUGAACAGUGCCAGGUGCAAACAAUAUGCUGCUACAGUGCUAGUUUACUGGGCCAUCCGGGUGUGCACCCGUAUGCCUUUGUUUGGCCCCUCUGUGGUCUGUGCACCUCUGGGUCCUUUUUCUUGCCCUUUUGUUUCUGAAGAAAUUUAGAUGAUUUUGUACAGUAUGUAUCAUCCACCGUAGUUUGGCACAUAACACACAGAUAGACAUUGUUUUAUCAAAUUUAGAAAAAUCAAUUUUUAGAGCUCUGAAACCUUGAGAGGUGAGACUAUGAGUGAAACCAUGUAGCUAUAUGCAGUUUUAUUAUCGAUAAAUUCAGUUUGCUUUGAAUUGGAUAAUGAUGGCUCCAAGUUUGUGUAACCAAGUAAUAAACCCAGAGUACAGAAAUGCAAAAGCAGCAGAGUUGAAUCUGAA